GCUCUGCGUACUGUCUCCAAGGCCCAGAAUGGCGUCGGCGCCUUCAUCCUGCAAUGCAAACGCCUCGACUUCCACUACUGCGACUGGGCUGGUAGCUCUAAGGGCAUGAAGUACGCUCUACUCAGAUCUCCUCUCGAAAUCACCGUCUCGCCUCGCCCUCGCAAACACCCCGUCAUCAAGGGCACAUAUAUCAACGGCCGUGAAAAGGCCAUUUGCGUGCGCAGUCUGGAGAAAGAGCAGAUCAUGAAGAAGGCCGAGCUCUUGCGCGACGCCAGCGGCGACAAGCUGAGAAAGGUCACAAAGCCCGUCAGGAGUAUGAACGAGAGUGUGAGAGGUAUCUGGGAUCCUUUCCACGGCUCAAAGUGGUCUGUUUGA